AAAUGACAAGAACCAUAGUAACAUAGGGACCUACAAUAUCAAAUAGACCAAAAUAAAUGGUCCAAAUAGAAAGACAGCGCCAAACGAAAAACAACCCAAAGAGAGAGAAGAACGAGAAAGUUCGCCGUCGUUUUGUUUGGUUCCCGAGAAAAUCAGAAAGAAAAAGCAAGAAAAGGGGAAAGUUCAAAUUUUUUCUCUUCUUUUCCAAUCCUAUUUGUUAUUUGCAACAAAACUAAUCAUCAAUUCGAGAUGCAAGCCGUGGUGUUGAAUCCACCACUACCAAUCUGCACAGCCCAACAAACCAUUCAACCAUCGGUUUCAAAGAGUUGGAACUCGUUCAGAGGCUCAGGUGGCCAUGUUUCGUUUAGCAGAGGCUCUUGUAGCUCCCUUAGGAUUCGAUUGCCUUCAGCUUCAAAAGGGUUAGUUGUAAAGGCUGUUGCUACUCCAGAUUCAGCAGUGGAAUUACCACUAACUGAAGAGAACGUUGAAACUGUAUUGGAUGAAGUUCGACCAUAUCUCAUUGCAGAUGGUGGGAAUGUAGCAUUGCAUGAAAUCGAUGGAAAUGUGGUACGGUUGAAGUUACAGGGAGCUUGUGGUUCUUGUCCGAGUGCUGUUAUGACAAUGAAAAUGGGGAUUGAGCGUCGUUUGAUGGAAAAAAUCCCUGAAAUAGUUGCAGUGGAACCAGUUCCAGAUGAAGAAACUGGCUUGGAGUUGAAUGAAGAAAAUAUAGAGAAGGUACUCGAAGAAAUAAGGCCAUACCUAGUUGGAGAAGCUGGGGGAUCUCUUGAGCUCGUGACAAUAGAGGAGCCGAUAGUAAAAAUUCGGAUUACAGGUCCAGCGGCAGGAGUGAUGACUGUAAGAGUUGCUGUUACACAGAAAUUGAGGGAAAAAAUUCCAGCAAUCGCUGCAGUUCAGCUUCUCUAAAGGAAUUAGGCUCAUUUUAUAUUUGUUCUAAAUUAUUUUUUGUUGUUUUAGAUAAAAAGAAGAAUGUGUAUAAGCUCUGUAAGGCCUUAGUAAUAAUGUUUACUCAGUAUGUACAGUAUUGUAUACUACAGAUGCAAUGAUGUUACUUGAGGAAAUUUUAGUAUGGGGGGCCUUUUAUACAAGCUUUUUUCACUUUUCAAAA